UCUAUUUAACUGCUACAAACGACUCUGCAGCAACAGGUGUGGCAUCAACAUGCUUAAUCGAGCAUUAAUAGUACUCUUGGGUUUGAUCGCAGCCACCUCAAGUGGCCAAGGAGCUCAGAUACUCGGACUGUUUGGACAUCCCGGCAAGAGUCACUUUGACUUCUUUCGCCCCAUGUUUGUGGAACUCGCGCAGCGUGGCCACAACAUCAGCAUGUACAGCUAUUUCCCGCUGAAGCAGCCAGUGGCCAAUUACACGGAUUAUGUUUUCAAAGGCAUGCCGCUGCUGACAGACAUUGUGGAUCUGCAGAUCUUUGAACAGGAGUCGCAACUAUUGGGUUUUAUUCCCUUCAAGGUGCCCACGUUCUUCAUGCUCAACGAUUGGGGAUUGCGCUCCUGCAAAGUGGCCUUGAACUCACCGCUGAUUGCCGAUCUGUUGAGCUCCCCCUUGCGCUAUGAUGUUAUCAUCAUGGAGCAUUUCUCCAACGAUUGCUUGGCUUCUGUGGCGCAUCUCUUGGAUGCUCCUGUCAUUGCUCUGAGUAGUUGUGCCAUUAUGCCGUGGCAUUACAAACGCAUGGGCACACCGUUCAUUAACCCUACAAUGCCCAUGAGUUUUCUGACCUACACGGAUCAAAUGGACUUUAUGGCUCGACUCAAUAACUUCUUACACUUUCACACUGUUAAUUUGCUCUACAAUUUCAUUACACAGCCAGCCACGGACGCGCUGAUAAGCCAACGCUUUGGCUUUGGCCUUCCGCCGAUUAAUGAAAUUGUGAAGAACACGAGUCUCAUGCUCAUAAAUCAACAUCAUUCACUGACUGGCGCCCAGCCUUAUGCUCCCAACGUAGUCGAAGUGGGAGGACUGCAAGUGGGAAAGGCAAAACCUCUUCCCAAGCACCUGGAACAACUUUUCAACUCAUCCAGUCAAGGUGUCAUCUAUAUAAGCUGGGGUUCGAUGGUCAAUCCCAGCACGUUGCCUCCUCUCAAGCGCCAGGCCUUAUAUGAUGCAAUCUCUAAGCUGCCCGGCUACACCUUUGUAAUGCGAAUGAACAAUCAAACUGGAAACGAGGGCAAGCCCAAGAAUCUCUUCAACUACGAGUGGCUGCCACAGCGGGAUCUGUUGUGUCAUCCCAAGGUCAAAGCCUUCGUUUCACAUGGCGGACUCUUGGGCACCACGGAGGCUGUCUACUGUGGCGUGCCAAUGCUGGUGACACCCUUCUAUGGAGAUCAGUUCCUCAAUGCUGGAGCGGUAGAACAGCGACGCUUUGGUGUUAUUGUCAGCUUUAAGGAGUUUGAUGAGCCACAUCUAAGCCAGGCUCUCAACACCAUACUGAACGAGAAUUUUGCAUCGCAAAUGAAACGCUCGACUGUUGCCUUCCGAGAGAGACCCCAAGAACCACUCGAACUGGCGAUCUGGUGGAUCGAGCAUGUGAUCGCGACUGGUGGAGCUCCCCUAUCACGAAGUGUGGCCAGGAAUAUCAAUUGGCUUGUCUACAACUCAUUCGACAUCUACGUGUUUUGCCUUAGCAUCGUUCUAUUGUUCUUCAUCGCACUCUGGCAGCUAUCAAAGCUCAUCAAAUGGGCUGGUGACAAGUUUAGCAGCUCGACGAAACCCAAAACAAAAAUUGACCGUCCUACAUUGCUCAAGCGAAACAGUCGCCACAUGACCAGUUUUACCGAAGAAACAGGCGACCAUUUGCUGAAUAGUGCUUCCUCCACGAACAAGAAUUCUACAUAUUCACCAACUAAAAAGAUGUCGCGAAUGUUGCUGAUAUUGCCGCUGUUGCUGUCGACGCUGCACAUCUUGGGCCACCAAGUGGAUGCAGGUCGUCCACUGAAGGUGCUCGGAUUGUUUCCGCAUCCCGGCGUCAGUCAUUUCCACUUCUUUCAACCUAUCAUGCAUGCGCUGGCCGAGGGUGGACACGACGUCAGUGUGGUUAGUCAUUUUCCCAGUAAAAAUCCACCCAUACGCUACAAGGAUUUUCCGCUUACCGGCAUGGACAAGCUAACAAAUAGUGUGGACCUCAAGUUUUUCGAAAAGCGCGCCUUCUACAAUCACUUUGUGGAGUUCUUUUUGCUCCACGAAUGGGGCAAGCAGUCGUGCAAUUCGACACUGCGCUCAGAUGCGUUGCAAACGAUCCUUAAGAAGAAGGCAGGCUACUAUGACGUCAUCGUGAUGGAACAAUUUAACACGGACUGCAUGAUGGGCGUGGCCCAUCAACUGCAAGCCCCCAUCGUCGCCUUGAGCAGUUGUGCUCUGAUGCCCUGGCACUAUGAACGCAUGGGAGCACCCAUAAUCCCCUCCCACAUCCCGGCACUCUUUAUGGCCCAAUCACAGGACAUGGACUUUGCAGGUCGCCUGGCCAAUUGGUUCACCUUUCACGCACUCAAUUGGAUGUACAAACUGAUCUCGAUUCCCGCUGCGGAUGCUUUGGUGCAGUACAAGUUUGGCCAUGAUUUGCCCUCAGUGGGUGAGCUGGCGAAGAACACAUCUGUGUUCCUGGUAAAUCAGCACUAUUCUCUCAGUGGACCCAAGCCUCUGCCCCCCAAUGUCAUCGAGGUGGGUGGUCUACACAUUCAGAAAUCCAAACCUUUGAGUGCUGAACUGCAGCGACUUCUGGACAGUGCUGAGGAAGGCGUCAUCCUCAUCAGUUGGGGCUCCAUGAUACGGGCCAAUUCGUUGUCGACCGCCAAGCGGGAUGGCAUUGUACGUGCCGUGGCUCGACUCAAGCAGCAGGUGAUCUGGAAGUGGGAGAAUGAGACGUUGCCCAACAAACCAGCCAACAUGCACAUCAUGAAAUGGUUGCCACAACGCGAUAUUCUCUGUCAUCCCAAUGUGAAGGUGUUUAUGACCCACGGCGGUUUAAUGGGCAGCUCGGAAGCGGCUUACUGUGGAGUGCCAACCGUUAUAACGCCCAUGUAUGGUGAUCAGUUCCUCAAUGCCGCUGCUUUGGUGCAGCGUGGCAUGGGAGAGCUGCUUAACUACGAGGACAUUUCCGAGAACACCGUAAUGCGCUCCUUGAAGCGUGCCCUGGAUCCUAAAUAUGCCGAGGCUGCCAAGAUUGUGUCCCAUUCCUUCCACCAUCGACCACAGCAGGCGUUGCAAUCAGCGAUCUGGUGGGUGGAGCAUGUUGCCCACACAGGCGGAGAUCAUCUUAUCAAACCUAGUUCUGUGGAGAUGUCACGUUUCGUCUACUACUCACUGGAUGUUUACCUUGUUGUGGGCAGCAUUCUGGCCAUUGUCAUUAUUAGUUGGGUUUCCCUCAUCCAGCGUUGCCGCGGCAAGAGACCAGAGCAGAAAAACAAGCGGGAUUAAGAGGGGAUCUUGGUGUAGUGUAUGUGAUAUUUUAAAUGUGUAUGUCCUCCUAGUGUACUAUAGUCUGUCCAGUUCUAAAACUACAUAGAUGAUAACAUAGUUGCCUCGCGAUUUUAAUCACUAAAAUCAUUUUAGUUUAAUGGUUGAGCUGUCAUUAUGUCAUUCUUAUCUGUCUAUUACAUUUAUAUUAUCUCCAUGACAAUAAUUGUAAUUUAUAAAUAUUUUGCAAUGAGCACAACGAUUCUAAAAUACUUUUUUAAUCGAAAACAUUUUAUUUGCGAUAUUAUUUUUUCCUGUUUAAAAGAUAAUAACUUUAAUUUCAAUAAAAUCGAUUGCAAUGCCAAUCAUAUGAAAUAUCUUCAGAUAUAAGUUUCCGGCAAGCUCGCAAGCAAAGAAAUGAUAAAAAACGAUAACUUAAUAAUAUAAGAUUAGCUAUUAUACAAUUUAACCCCAAAAAGUAAAAACUGCACUGUGUAUCUUGGAUAUAAUUAUUUACUUGUCGUAUAUUUGCGACAAAGUUGCUUUUAGAGUAUUUGCACUGUAAUGGUCUUAUAAUCUACAGACAUUUAAUAUUUCCAAACAUAUCUUUCAGACGUUUAAACUUUAUCAGCAACAAAUACUACGAA